AGUGUAUGUGGAAGUAUGUGAAUGAUAGAAGGACAAACAAGCUAGCUAACCCACCUUGUUUCAUAAAUGCUUAACUUUAUCCCAAUUCAAGCCUAUUUCCCACUCACAACCUGAAAGGUGCCAAAAUUGAUGCACCAACCACAUUUCUAAACAUUACCAGAGCAUUGUUCUCUCAUCAUUGCUAUUAAUUCUUGGUUCCAAGGACCCAAAAUUUCAUUUCUAUGCUUUGUGGUUUAAUUUCUUGCUCUGUCAUAAAAAAUGAGUGCUGAGAAGGAAAAACUUGAUGCAGCUUCAUCCAUUCAUAAGGAUGUUGAUGAUGAUCCAAUGGGGGUUACUGAUGAAUCUUCAGAUGUUCAUCACCUGAAGAACCAUAAUCUUCUCCUGGAAAUGCCCUCCAGAAUUUCAGAAGACUCUUCUUCUUCUGAUUUUGUUGCAAUAAGGAUGCCAUUGACGCCGAGUCCAACCCCUACUCAUAAGAGAGUGAAUUUUCUUGUGACUUCUCGCUCGGUUGAUGCUCCAAUGAGUAAUAAUAAUAAUAGUAUUAAUCCUGGGAAUUCAGCAUCAAGAGGCAAAUCAUCCAUAAGAAGCAUGUUGCCAAAAUUGAACUUCAAGCACCGGAGAUCAUCAUCAGAUAUUGAAAAGGCUGUUUUAACUGCUGCAGCCCCAGAAGAAAGUUCCUCCUCUGGCCCUGAAGAGAAGUCUUCAAUCUCAAGAACAGUGUCCCUGACUAAGAUUUUUACUCCUAAGAUUAAUAGAACCUCAUCAUUACCGGUGGAAGAAAUUGGCCGCGCAAACACAGAAUCUGCUCUGGGUGGAUGUCUUGGUGGUUCUCCAUAUAGAAAAGAGGGGACUAUAGCUCGCACGCGUUCAGAGCCUGUGGAUAACCAAGAAAAAAGCUUAAAGAAAAUGGACAAGUAUUACCGAAUUAUUCAUUCCAGCCCUCGAGUUAAGGAGUGGAAUGAUUGGUUGACCAUGUCCAAGGCAAAGGAUACUGAAAAUGAAGAUGAUGGUGAAGAUAUAGCUGAAGAGGAAGCUGUGUGUAGGAUAUGUAUGGUUGAUCUAUGUGAAGGAGGGGAGACGUUCAAGAUGGAAUGCAGCUGCAAAGGUGAACUUGCUCUGGCUCACCAAGAAUGUGCUAUUAAAUGGUUCAGCAUCAAAGGUAACAAGACUUGUGAUGUAUGCAAGGAGGAGGUUCGUAACCUCCCCGUCACUCUUUUGAGGAUCCAAAAUGUUCAAACUCAGAAUACUGGAGCAAGGUCUCAGCAGGAAGAUGACUUCAGGGUUUGGCAGGAACUGCCAGUGCUUGUCAUUGUCAGCAUGAUUGCUUAUUUCUGUUUCCUUGAGCAGCUAUUGGUUAGAAAAAUGGGAACCAGAGCAAUUUUCAUAUCUCUCCCGUUUUCCUGUGUACUAGGUCUACUCUCCUCCAUGACAUCAUCAACCAUGGUGAAGAGCAGCAAUUUCAUUUGGAUUUAUGCAGCUGUCCAAUUUGCUUUGGUGGUUAUCUUUGCACACAUAUUUUACUCCUUGGUUAGUAAGCAAGCAGUUCUAACAAUUCUUCUAGCAUCAUUUGCUGGGUUUGGCGUGGUGAUGAGUGGAAGUUCAAUUCUCGCGGAGUUUGGCAGAUGGAGAAGAAGAUGGCGCACUUUAUCAGAGCAGCAGCAUCGUUCUCAAGCGACACAAGGACAACACUCUCAAACUAUAAAUACCUCGCGUUCAGGCCUUCCCAACCACAGUGGAACUGUGGUAUAAAAUCAACAAAACUCAAAUCAGAGCUGAAUUGAAGUCAGUAUUGCUUCUUUCAUAUUGUUACCAAAAGCUAAGGGAUGGAACAAAACUGGUUGUCAAUUUCUGUUGUGUAGAGGAUGAAACUGUAGCAGAAUUUUACUAGUAUGCAUGUACAUGAGACUACAUUGUACAACUACACUGUAACAGCAGAGAAUAACUUUGUACUAAGCAUAAAACACAUCCAGGGUUUGAUAGUAUAGGAAUUAGAGUGUCUCAUUGCAAUUUCACCAUGCUUCCUUGCUUGCGAUUCAGAAACGGCCGCAUAGCUCUCACCAGAGCAAACCUAAUGACAAGUUUGAUUCUACGGUUAAGAGCCUCAUGAUCACUUCUGAGAAUAAGCUACAAUGUGUAGCUUCUGGAGUUACUGUGUUUUGAAUUAUGUACCUAUCGUCAAUCCAAACAUGCUAUAAAUGGAGGGUAAAGGUGUGUUUGCAUCAAAGGUUUUGAGAACAUUGUGCUUUUGUUUAUGAUGGUUGUUUGCUUCCGUCAGAUCGUGCAGGUUCAACAGUUGUAGACCUAGCCUAGUGGCAUUAAAUAUGAUGGUUAUUAUUUCUCUACGUUGUGGAUUAUGAAUUGAAGGAACACUUCUGUACUUGUACUUCAACACUAAGACAAGCAUUUAGAAUUAGAAUUUA